GUGCGCGUUACAGUCUCUGUAGAUAACGAAUGAGCUUGGCAACGAUGUUUACUACAGCCUUUAGGACUGCAUUACCCACAAAGCACUGCUCACCGUUGUCAGAAGUCUUGCUUUCUUGGGUCACUUAUCGAACUCUGGCCGUGUCAGUCAAGCUUACUUUCUCUUAUUUGACGGAAUAAUGCAUUUGUCAGGCGCGGGCAUUGGGAAAUUAGGGUACGGACAGGGGCCCGGAGCAGGACCGGCGCCUGGAAGCUGCAAUCCGCGUAAAUUUAGCGAGAAAAUCGCCCUGCACAACCAGCGACAGGCUGAAGACACAGCCGCUUUCCGAGAGGUUAUGAUGGACAUGACUUCCAUCAGGGUUCAGGCUGAGAGAAUUCGGCAAACCGGAGACUUAGUCCCGUACUAUGGAGGAUCUCUGCCAAAUGUAAAUCAGAUUUCAAGAUGUUCCACAGAGACCCAGUACCCAAGUUAUCUCACCCAGCAGCUCCUAGAGGCAGAUGAAGAGUACAGAGACGCACAGCCCAGUCCUCCUGGCAGACUGCACAGGAGACAUUUUGAAAGCGCUCCCUAUCUCUCCACCCACCUCUCACCUCCGCGAGGUCCUUCCUGGAGAAGAACCUGGUCCAGUUGUUCUGCCACUGAGAAGAGCCAGAUGGUCCGUCUUCCUCUGACAGCUCUCAAUAGAACCAACUCUGACUCAGCCCUCCACACCAGAGUGCGAAACACCCAGAAAUCUGUGCAGACCCUGAACCCUCAAUCCAGACACCAUGGGUUUGCACAUCCUGCACCACUGAUUGAAGAAAAUAUUCAAGAGGAGACACAAUCUCACAAACUAAAGAAGUUAUCCUCAAUGGGAUCAUCAGGAUGUGAAACACCUUUUUUUCACAGCUUCCCAUUGGCCGAUCAGCAGAUAUCAUCCGUCCCUGUCCCGGCGACCCUCAGUACGAGCGGCUCUCUUCCAGACCUCUCCAGCCUCCACCUGCCUCCUCCUCUUCCUGUAGGCCAGGAUUCUGAGCCCCGCAGCGGUGCGGAGCAAUCGAGCAACACUUCCACGCACACUGACCUUAUGGCUGACUUCACCUUACCAGGUCUGUCCUCGUCUCUUCAGGCAUCUUUAAGUAAUCCUUUGCUCCAGUCUUCACUCAGCAAUCCCAGCAUCCAGAGCUGUCUGAGCAGCCACUCCCUGCCCAGCUCUCUCAGCUCCACUUCUUUGCGUCUGUCACUGAGCAACUCUUCCCUGCAGUCAUCGCUCAGCAACCAGUCCCUGCAGUCCUCCCUCAGUAGCUCUUCACUGAGUAACCAGUCCGUCCAAUCAUCUGCCAGCCGCUGCAGCCACAGCAGUGGAAUCGGCAGCUCUCGCUCCUGCUCCUCUUCUUCUCUCUCUGGUUCUCCACAUCUAACAGGCCACACCCACCCUGCCACAUCACGCAAGAGAGCCCAGCUCAGCCCACUCAUUGUGCCCGGUGGAGGAGAGACCCGCUGGCAGCAUCUAAAGCAGUUCUCACCCACACUGUCUCCAACCAUGUCUUCUGUAUCCCAGGUUGCUCUCCUCAACCCCAACAAAGUUCUGAAAGAGACGAAGCCACCAGCGUAUCCCUGCACUCAGCACCUCAGAUCCGCUCCUUCACUGUCCCAUCAGCCAAUGCGCCAGUAUUUCCAGCCAGAGGCACAGCAUCAGUCAAUCCCAGAGAUGGAACAAUGGAGUCAAGAUGAACACCACCACACUCACAAACACAGUCGUCCCCUGCAGCAUCAUUCACAACCACACGCUAACUAUCAUCAGCAGUUACUGUAUCAUUCCCAGACUGGCCAACCACACAUCUCACUGCAACAACAGCAUCAACAGUACACACAGUUCCAGCCUCAUCAGAUACCUGAGGAGCAGUACCAGUGUCCGGGCCAGUGGCAGAUGCCAUGCCAAGAGGUCCAGUACCAAAAGCAACCUGUGACUUUCCCCUCUCCAGGUCAAGAUAAAAACUGGAAUCAUGUAACCGGCUCACAUGGCUUGCCACAUGCACAAAUGAAGCGUAGACACUGUAUGCAGAUGCCAGAAGAGCCAAAACUCAUGUCCAAGGUCGCUGUCCAGGAGACUCAUGGAAAGGGAUCGAAGGUCCCUCAUUAUAAGGAAAAUGAAGUAACUGAAGCAAAUCCAGGUUUACAGGAUAGAGGUUUUGAACUGAACAAGGAAUCAUAUGUUGGCUUACAUCUCACCCCUAGUCAGGCAAAGGCCCUUUCACAGCAGCUUGGAGUGCUUCAAAAGGAGCCUGUAGAUGGCAGUGGAGUGUCAGAUCUCAACUGUGAACCUGCAGAAAGAAUGGAACCGCUAGCACAGAAUCAAAGCUACAGUGCUGGAGAGACGCAAAAUAUGUUCAACAUCAACGUACCUGACCCGUCAUCCUGGCUGGACCAGGACAUAUCAAGUCUGCCGGACUCUGUUUUGGAGUUUGAUCUAGAAACGUUCGGUCUGGACAGUAACUUAGGUUGGCCAUGAAUGUAUCGUAAAAGUGAACCUAAAUGUACAUGUGUGUUGUUAUGAUACACUCAUUUAGACAAGUACACUAUUAAGAGAAUAUCUUUUGCCAGUGGAAUUGAAAAAUAGUUUUAGAGUCAAAUAGAGCGUAAACUGUGAAUUGGCUAAAAGGUUCUUUAAGGGAACAAACAGGAAAUUAUGUUUUAAUAAAUAGUUUUGCACACAGAGGUCCUAAAUAGCAGGUCUAUGUGCCUUAAUAUGCAUUUUUGUUUAUGUUUUAUUAUAAAUAGAACAAAUAGAUUGUUUCUGUACAGUUACAUGAGGUGAAGUCAUGUAUGAGUUGUUUAGGAAAUGUAUAUUUUCACAUUUCAUAGCAUAGAAUAGCUGGGAUAAUAUGGCUGGUUUAGGGUCUAAAUUAACUUCUUUAAUUCAUCAAAAUGACAUCAAAACAUUUUACUCUUUAAUAUUUAGAUCAAAACCAAUUCUGAUAUAAUAAGUUAUGUAAAGAUUUCAUAUCCAAUUUGUUUGCAUGUUAUAGUAUUUGUUAUAGUGGGAUGGGGGUCACUUUUGUGACCACUUGUAACUGACCGUGGCAGACACCUGCCUCUGAAUUUCUAUAUCAUAAUUUUGUUGCAGUUUCAUCUUUCAUCAUUCAUUCAUUCAAAAUGCAGUUUUAUUGUAUUUUCAUAUUAAUUUUGCUCUAUCACUCUCUGGUAGAGUUCAUGUUGUUUUUCAGUAUUUGUCUUCAAUGUGAAAUCAUACAUUUCUGGCAGAAUUAAUAACAUAAUAUGAACAGAAAAACCAUCUGUAAAUUCCGGAAGUAUUACAAUUAAAACGUGGACUAAAAUCUCUAACCCUACAUUUUUCAGAUAUUGUUACUAUAAAGGACUGAUUCACCAGUUCACACCAGGCCUCACAGUAAAGCCAUGUUCAUUGCUCUUAUUUUACAGUAUUUGAACUAACUACAGUACUGUACAUUGGGUAGGGUUAGAUUCAGGGUUAUUACCUAGUUAUGUCAAUUACUAUAAGUACAUAGUAUGUACAUGAGUAACAGGACUGUAAAGAGCUACUGCCAUAUUUAUUAUGUCUUUGUGUAUAAUUGGGCCUAUUUAAUAAUUAGUUGGAAAGUAAUAAUUUAGAAAAUUCACAGUCUCCCUGGAACAAACUGGGGUUAAGUGCUUUCACCCAAAGGCUCAAUAUCAAUUAUCCCAUGAUGUAGCUCCUGAACCUUCCUGAAGUCCUCAGAUUUCCCAGUCAUUUCACUAAUUGUAUUCUCAGAAUCAGAAAUAACUUUAUUGCCUAGUAUGUUUGCACAUACAAGGAAUUUGUUUUACUGUCACAAGCUUCCAGUUCACAGACACAACAACAACAACACAGAGAUGUUAAAAAAAACAAGAUGUGAAUAAAAAACACAUACAUGAAUAUAAUUAAACCCUGUAUUUACAGGUGUACUAUAUAUAGAAAUAAAAUAAAUAUAAAAAAUUAAGUUUUAGGGAUGUACUGAUGUAGGGUGAUGAAUAUGUGUAAGGUUAUUGCACAAUGGGAGAACAUUUAACUGUUCUUGAGGUAGAUUGCCUAGGGAAAGAAACUGUUCUUGUGCCUGGCUGUCCUGGGAUUCAGUGCUUUUGUAGUGCCGACCAGAUGGCAAAAGUUCAAAAAGGAGAUGACUUGGAUGUGAGCGAUCCAGAUUUUCUGAGUGAUUUUCUGAGCUCUUUUCCUCACUCUGGAUGUAUACAGUUCUUGGAGGGUUGGCAGGGGAGCACCAAUAAUUCUUUCAGGAGUCCGAACCAUUCUAUGUAGCCUUCUGAUGUCUAAAUCUGGAGCUGGACCAAACCAGACACAGGACACCGGACAGACUUGAUUACGGCGGAGUAGAACUGUUUCAGCAGCACCUGUGGCAGUUUAAACUUCCUCAGCUAGCAAAGAAAGUACAACUUUUGUUUGGCCUUUUUAACAAUGAGGUCGAUGUGAGUGUCCCACUUUAGGUCCUGAGAGAUGGUGGUUCCCAGGAAUCUGAAUGACUCCACUGCAGUCACAGUGCUGUCCAUGAUGGGGAGAGUGCAGGGUUUCUCCUGAAGUCCACUACCACUGUUUUGAGCGUGCUCAGCUCCAGGUUGAUAAGACUGCACCAGACAGCCAGCUCUUUAACCUCCCAUCUGUAAGCAGACUCGUCAUUGUCCUGAAUGAGGACGAUAAGUGUGAUGUCAUCUGCAAACUUCAGGAGCAUAACAGGGGUCUUUAGAGAUGUGGUGGCUUUGUACAGUCGUGGCCAAAUGUUUUGAAAAAUACAUAAAUAUUAGUUUUCAAAAAGUUUGCUGCUUAACUGCUUUCAGAUCAGUUGUUUCUGUGAUGUACUUAAAUAUAAUUACAAGCACUUCAUACGUUUCAAAGGCUUUUAUCGACAAUUAGAUGACAUUUAUGCAAAGAGUCAGUAUUUGCAGUGUUGGCCCUUCUUUUUCAGGACCUCUGCAAUUCGACUGGGCAUGCUCUCAAUCAACUUCUGGGCCAAAUCCUGACUGAUAGCAACCCAUUCUUUCAUAAUAACUUCUUGGAGUUUGUCAGAAUUAGUGGGUUUUCGUUUGUCCAACUGCCUCUUGAGGAUUGACCACUAGUUCUCAAUGGGAUUUCCAGGCCAUGGACCCAAAAUGUCAACAUUCUGGUCCCUGAGCCAAUUAGUUAUCACUUUUGCUUUAUGGCACUGUGCUCCAUCGUGCUGGAAAAUGCAUUGUUCUUCACCAAACUGUUGUUGGAUUGUUGGAAGAAGUUGCUGUUGGAGGGUUUUUCUUUAUUCAUGGCUGUGUUUUUGGGCAGAAUUGUGAGUGAGCCCAGUCCCUUGAAUGAGAAGCAACCCCACACAUGAAUGGUGUCAGGAUGCUUUACUGUUGGAAUGACACAGGACUGAUGGUAGCGCUCACCUUUUCUUCUCCGGACAAGCCUUUUUCCAGAUGCCCCAAACAAUCGAAAAGGGGCUUCAUUGGAGAAUAUGACUUUGCCCCAGUCCUCAGCAGUCCAUUCACUAUACUUUCUGCAGAAGAUCAAUCUGUCCCUGAUGUUUGUUUAUUUUUGGAUAGAAGUGGCUUCUUUGCUGCCCUUCUUGACACCAGGCCAUCUUCCAAAAGUCUUGGCCUCACUGUGUGUGCAGAUGCGCUGAAUCCUCUUUAGGAGAUGAUCCUGGCCCUUGCUGGACUUUCUUGGAUGGCCUGAAGCCUUCUUUACAAGAAUUGAACCUCUUUCCUUUAAGUUCUUGAUGAUCUUAUAAAUUGUUGAUUUAGGUGCAAUCUUAGUAGCCACAAUAUCCUUGCCUGUGAAGCCAUUUUCAACGCAAUGAUGGCUGCACGCGUUUCUUUGCAGGUCACCAUGGUUAACAGUGGAAGAACAAUGAUUUCAAGCAUCACCCUCCUUUUAACAUGUUAAGUCUGCCAUUCUAACCCAAUCAGCCUGAUGAUCUCCAGCCUUGUGCUCCAACAUUCUCACCUGAGUUUACAAGACGAUUACUGAAAUGAUCUCAGCAGGUCCUUUAAUGACAGCAAUGAAAUGCAGUGGAAAGGUUUUUUUGGGAUUAAGUUAAUUUUCAUGGCAAAGAAGGACUAUGCAAUUCAUCUGAUCACUCUUUAUAACAUUCUGGAAUAUAUGCAAAUUGCUAUUAUAAAAACUUAAGCAGCAACUUUUCCGAUUUCCAAUAUUUAUGUAAUACUCAAAACUUUUGGCCACGACUGUAGAGGGAGAAGAACAGUGGGGAGAGGACGCAACCCUGAGGGGCACCAGUGCUGGUGGUGCGGCUGUUGGAUGUAACUUUACUAACUCUAACUAGCUGUUGUCUAUCUGUCAAAAAUCUGGUGAUCCAUUGGAAGAGCUUGGGACAGAGAGCUGGGUUAGUUUGGUCUGGAGGAGUGUUGUGAUGAUGAUUUUAAAAACGGAGCUAAAGUCCACAAACAGGAUAUUCACAUAAGUCACUGUUUUGUCCAGAUUUUGCAGGAUGAAGUGUAGUCCCAUGUUGACUGCAUCAUCCACGGACCUAUUUUCUCAGUACACAAACUGCAGGGAGUCGAGUAAGGUUGUCCAGAUAAGCCAACACCAACUUCUCAAAUGUCUUUAUGACCACAGACGUUAGCGCCACAGGUUAAACUGGGCAUGUUAGUGUGUGCCAGGGCCAGUCUUGUUUCCACUAGUCCUUGGGUUUCUUUGGGCCGGCGUUUGAAACAAGCAGGGACUUCGCACAGCACCAGUGAUCUAUUGAAGAUCUGUGAGAAGGUGGGGGCAGCUGGUCAGAACAGGUUUUCAGACAGGCUGGUGUCACAUGGUCUGGGCCUGGUGCUUCUCUUCUCUUGUUCUUUCUGAAGCUAUAACACCAGCAUUAAAAAAAAUUGUUUAGCUCAAAACUCACUUUCAGUCGGCAGUGUGUUUGAAAUAAUUUGAUUCGAUGUGGAUUAUAAUCAUACAAGGCAGAAAUAUUUAUAACAUUACCACAGCUUCUUCUUCUCUAUCACAAUCGUAUAUUCAUUUAGUAACUUAUAUUAUCUGUCAUAAGUCUUGUUUCGAAUCCUGUGCUAUUUUGGCCUCGGUGCUACUGGCCCGAGGCUAUGAGCCCCGCCCGGCCCAUUUUAAGCCUUUCAACAUGGGUCAUUUGCAGAAAACUGGUGUUCUAGCUUUUUAGCGUAGUUCCUCUUGGCCACUCUAAUCUCUUUAUUCAGUGUGUUUCUGGCCUGGUUGUAUAAGACCUGUCCCCUUUUUUUAGGGUUCCUCUUUGGCCUGACUAAGAUGAUGAAGCACUGAAGCACAGUAUAAAAAACUUAAAUGAGAUAUUUAAAAUAGAACUCACAAAAUUAGAGAACAUACAGACACCUCCAAGUUAUUGGUGUUAAUCUGGCAACUGGUGCUAAUAUCCUUAAUUAUAUGACAAACCCUUUUUAACUGGCAGGAUUAGAUUGCAAGAUGGCGGGCCGCUCUAAGGUGACUGAAACAAUCCCACAAGAAGUGGUCCACUUGAAGACCAAAGGGAUGACCCUUUCAGCCACUUCAAGAGAAGCUGGUCAAUCCAAAUCUGAGAUUUCUUGAAUAUUGCAGGUUUACAAUGACACUAAUUUAUUCAAGGCCCUUCAAAAAGGCUGGAAGUCCACAUAAGAAGUCUCUGUGUUGCAAUCGGUUAGCACAUUCGGCUGUUAACCGAAAGGUUUAGCUCUCAUCACAGAAAAAAUCAAAAGACUAAGCUCACCUUUCCUGGGGAGUGUGUAAAGAAGUUAUUGAAAGAUGGAGGAGGAAGUGUCGAGGUUUGGGGGAUGUUUUCUGCAGCAGGAGUUGGGCUACAUGGUAGGGUGAAUGAAAAUGAUAUUUCAGAACCUCCUUCAGCAACAUGCAGUUCCUCUGCCAAUCAGCUUGCAAUUUUCAUGCAGGACAAUGCCUCUGUCACACUGCAAAACUGCUAAAGAAGUUCUUUGAAGCUAAGAAUAUUGAAAUAAUUGGUUCAAGAGUCCUGAUCUAAACCCGACUGAAAAUCUCUGGAAAGCGACAAAGUUACAUGGACACUAAUGUCCAAACUAAUGGGAUCCUAGUGAUGUUCUGCAGCCCCAGAUGUGCUGUCAUUCGAAGCAAGGGCCUUUACACUUCCUACUAAUUUCUGACCGUUGUAAUCCUUCUAAAUUUUUAUUGAAACUUCAGUGGUUACUGUUCUGUAAUUUUGAUCAUGGUUUUCCACAAAAUAAAUGUUAUUGUUGAAA